AUGGUGAACCUCCUGCCUUCUGGACUGGUCAUGUUCUCUCCUUACGGCAUCGUGAGAUGGCUCAGAUUUAGCAUACGUGGACUCGGGCGUUUGGUGCUGAAGGGGUGCUUACAAAGCCACACGGUGCUGAGAUGCGAUGUAAUUCUUCAGCCAGGUGGUGGGCUGUCUCUCUGUGCCCCACACAGGUUUAGCAGACAUUGGCAUGUGGUUGUCAUGCGCUGCUCACAGGAGCGGUGCACAUUCAUGUGGUCACAGAACCCCUGUGCAAUUGUGACGGAACCUAAGAAAACUGCACGACUGUGCAAUCCGUGGAACUGCAGACCCACUUGGUGUUCUUACGAACCCGGUUACAUACAUGAAUGUUGUGGUCAGCUGAGCGGUUUUGAUUUAUUUUACCUUAAUAUAGUCCCAGGAUGCAAGGAGAGUAUUGUCCUGCCAUGGCUGAAACAAGUAGAAAUCUUCAUGGGCCAAAAAGAUCUUCUUUUUCGGAAGCUGUGUGCCUGCCUCUUAUUUAGAAUAAGCAGAUCCCGAAGGCUAGACAGCAAGGUAACUCAUUUUUGAACAAUAGUAAAAUAUUCAGAGUAAGGGAUGGCAGCGGUCACCCUCCACCAGAAGCUAGCUCUUGGUGCAAAAGGUUUGGGGCAGAACUGCUGGCUCAGUAGGUACGUUUCUAUGGGGACACCCUUGCUGCCAUUGGAAGUAUAAUAUGUUUGCAAAGUUACUUGCAAAAGGCACUUAUAAAAAAAGGUUUUAUCACAAUUGGGGCCACUGGGUCAGUUCACAAAUAAUAGGCUGUAGCAAGCACCCUGCACAACAGUAAAGGAUAUGAGAUUCUCAGUUUUUAAUUUUAAAAGUUUCUAGUCUUCAUGGGUACAAGUGUAGGCUUACAAAGAUUACGAUGGCAAUGCCAUAAAUUCCAUUGAACAAGAUUGACUGACUCACAUUGUAACCUGCCCCCAUCUCCAAAUAUGUCAUUUUAUUUUAUUUUUAUUAAUUUUUAUUUACAUACCACCCUAUGCCCAGGGGUCUCAGGGCAGUUCACAGAAUAAAAUCAAGAUAUAAAACCACAAAAUACAUAAUAAAAACAACAACCCAAUAGCUGCCCCAAAAAACCACAUAUUAGAGGGGCAUAGGAUUUAAAUCAGAUCAACCAAAGGCCUGGUUAAAAAGGAAUGUUGCUCAUGAAUGCUUUUGUUUGUUUGCGCAAUAGGAAAAGGCAAAAACUGGAAGCUGGGCAGUAGUACUCUGUCUGCUUAUAGGUAAAGUAAAGGUAAAGCGGCCCCUGACCGUUAGGUCCAGUCAUGACCGACUCUGGAGUCACGGCGCUCAUCUCGCUUUAUUGGCCGAGGGAGCCGGCGUACAGCUUCCGGGUCAUGUGGCCAGCAUGACUAAGCCACUUCUGGCGAACCACAGCAGCGCACGGAAACACCGUUUACUUUCCCGCCGGAGCGGUACCUAUUUAUCUACUUGCACGUGCUUUCAAACUGCCAGGUUGGCAGGAGCAGGGACCAAGCAAUGGGUGCUCACCCCGUUGCGGGGAUUCAAAUUGCCGACCUUCUGAUCAGCAAGCCCUAGGCUCAGUGGUUUAGACCACAGCACCACCCCUGCUUAUAGGUAACUAGAGUUAAACAUGCAGAGAUGUCAUCCCACCUUGCAGCCAGCAAAGCGGGCUCUGUAAACUGCAGGAGACCUGAGGAAGGCUGUGCCACGUGCUCAGGUUUGAUCACAUCGCCGAACAGUUGGCACGUUCUCUUCUGGUUGCAGAUUCCCAUACUUACAGGCUGUGCUGCACUUAAUCACUGUGUUAUCAGGGGUUGCAGCGUGGAGCGUUUUCCGCCCCUGCCAAACGCAUUAGCACAACAGCAGCUUUUUGCCUUGCGCUGAAAUAAACAUCGUAGUGUCACGUAGGAGUCGCUAUCUGGGCCCCAUUCCUUUAUAAUCCCGUAUUUGAUUCUUGCUCCAUUCAAACUGAUAUCAACAGUGUUUGAUUUGGUUCAAGCAGAUUAAAAACGGCUCCAAAAUAGCCAGGGUAAACAUUCAACUAAGCUGCGGUUUCUUCACUCUACUCCUUUCCCCCCACUCUGGCGUUCCUUGCCUACCCUUUUUCCUCUUCAAACUGAAGUGCCUUUCCUUCCCUCUUUGGAAAAUUCAGGUGCUGCGUUUAAGAGGAGAUCUAUAGUUGAGCAGUUUUCUAGGCAUCUGUAGAUGUGCUAUGUCACAUUUUUUUCUUUUUAAGGUAGAAUUCCAAGAGAGUUUGUGUACGCGUGUUUUUUGUUUAAAUAGGCAUUUACUGUAUUUUUCGCUCCAUAAGGCACACCUAGUUUUUAGAUGGGGAAAUCAAGAAAAAAAACCUUAUCCCCAGCCCCAAAGAGCAAAGAAGCCAGGAUGGAUCCUGCUCGCUCCCUUGGCUUUUGCUAUAGCCGCGCUCAGCCUCUCCCAGCUGGAGAGGUUGCGCAAGGCUUCCUUGGCUAAAGAGGAGGGGCUGCGCGCAGCUAUGGCAAUACCCCCACCUCCUGCAAAAGCCCACAGGAGCCGUGCAUCCCUUAAGGAGCACGCGGCUCCUGCGGGCUUUUCUACGAGGAGGGAGAAGGGACUGACUGGCCGCGUCAGUCCCUUCUCCCUCCUGGGGAAAAGCCCGCAGGAGCCGCACGGAGCUUGUGUGCGGCUCUUGGGGGCUUUUCCUGCCUGCCUCCCCCCUGCAUUUGCUUCAUAACACACACACAUUUCCCCUUACUUUUCCUUAGGAGGGAAAAAGUGCGUCUUAUGGAGCAAAAAAUACGGUAACUCUUUUAGGUUUCAGGGAGAUGGCAGGAGGGACAUCAUGAGAGCAAAUGAGCAAUUAGCACUAAAUAAUCAAGAGUCCAGCAAUCUGGCCUUCUCAGCUUGGAUGCCAAACUUCCUAAGCAAGAAAAGCAGAAGUCUCUCUUCUUUGGAAGCAACCAGUUCCAUUCAUUCCUUUUUCCCCAACCCCUGGUUACGUGCAACUAAGUAAAAGUGGCUGUUACAGUGAUGUUAUAGAGCCAUGGUUCCCAAUUGGUGGUCCACGGACCCCAGGGGUUUCAUAUACCUCCCCUGGGGAGCGUCAGUGGCACAAUUUGUAUGACAAAAACUACCACAGAGAUAUCAGCAUUUUCAAAAGUAGGAGGUCCAUGGCUUGGCUUUUGAAAAAACGGGGGAUCUACAGUACUUGGAUAAUUGGGAACCACUGUUAUAUGUUCAUGAACAUUCACAGCGUUGAGAGUUAUAAUCCGGAGUGACUUCGUACAAGUGCAUCAAAAGAACAUGAGUGGAGCUGAAACCGACAAAUUUUACUUUUCAAAGCCUUUUUGAUGGGAAAGGAAGUGACUGAAUUUCUAAUCUGCACCCAGUGGAAUUAUGUGCGCCUGGGGUGGGAAAGGGGUCUAGUGGCCACAAAGCCCAGCACCGUAACUCCCCCUUACCCACCCUAAACUCUCCUAAUCUGCUUAAUACAAUCCACGACUACGGAUGCUCCGCAGGCCCCAAGGUAGAGGUGCUACAGAAAGUAUCCCUGCAAAGCAAGUGGUAACAGGUGGCUCAAGUGAGUGAGCCAUUCCUUUCCACACUUCAGGCAAUGGCAACCAUCCACCCAAGUUGGCAAGUGGCCAAUGUGACAGUCUUUCUAGCCAGUUAUCCCAAGGAACGUGCUGGAGAGAUGCUUCCUUGAGCUGGCGGGACCACAGUUCAGACGCCAGGUUUGAAAUUCCAGCUUAUCCUUAGUGAAUGUAUCCGGUCCCGGCUCGCCCCUAAUAAUCUUAAUUCUAUAGGUACUGCAGGGAUUUCUGGGAGCAAAGAGAAGCGAUCCAUAGGGCAAGUGGUUAAUUAUUUCCCGGUUUGGCACUGUGCCGUCGGCCUUCCAGGCUGUUGACGCCAUGGAACCAAAGUUUAUCGUGUGUAGUUUUAGGUUCAAGGGAUUGAGAGCACAAAAGCGGGGGACACCCUUCUCUUUAUGCUGGCUAAACACACUUGUGUUGGAGAUAAAACUUCCCCCUGUUAUCUUGUUUCCUCUUCAAUCGACUUGCUGCCGCCGCACCAAGAGAUGUUUAAGAGCCCUGAAGUCUUUUUGCAAGCAAGGCUCUCCCUCUAGUGGUGGUAAAUGCGUUUUUCACCUUUUAAAGAUGUUCAGGUUUUGCCCUCCCCACUUCCAACCAAAGGAAUUUUAAGCAAACUGUAGCCCCUAUCCCAUGGGUAGGCAAACUAAGGCCCAGGGGCUGGAUCUGUCCCAAUCGCCUUCUAAAUCUGGCCCGCAGACAGUCUGGGAAUCAGUGUGUUUUUACAUGAGUAGCAUGUGUCCUUUUAUUUAAAAUGCAUCUCUGGGUUAUUUGUGGAGCCUGCCUGGUGUUUUUACAUGCGUAGAAUGUGUGCUUUUAUUUAAAAUCUCUGGGUUAUUUGUGGGGCAUGGGAAUUUGUUCAUUUUUUUUUCUUCAGAAAAUAGUCCGCCCCCCCGACUAG